UUUACUACGGAUUAGUCGAGAUAAGCUGACCUUGCUGUAGUUACCAUUGUUCUAUGCGUUUACAUGCUUGUUGUCUUUGCGAGCCGCUGCAUGCGUAAAGUGUUUGUUUGAGCGUGGAGUCUCCAGGUGCACGGUCGACAUCUCUCGGAAAACUUUUUGUUUGUUUGUUUGUUCUUUUCCUUUUUCACACAACCUACCUGAGUUGUGCUUCACUUCUGCACGCCUUCACUCCUCUCCACCAUGGAUUUGGUUUGGAUUGUGGGUUUCCUUGUGAGCAUCUGCGCCUGGUUUGCUUCAGCGGAGCGGCACAGCGUCUUCUGGAACAGCACGAACCCAAAGUUUCUCUGGGAUAACUAUGCUGUGGAGGUGAAGCUCAAUGACUACCUGGACAUUGUCUGCCCCCAUUACCCUCAGGGUGAGAUACCACAGCUGGAUGCUGAGCGAUACGUGCUCUACAUGGUGGAGCGUGAGGACUAUGAAUCCUGCAAGCCUCAGUCAUACGACCAGAUGCGUUGGGAGUGUGGUCAUCCAUUUGCUCCUCAUGCCCCCGAGAAGUUCUCUGAAAAGUUCCAGCGUUUUACUCCUUUUACUCUGGGAAAGGAGUUUCGUCAAGGAGAAAGCUACUAUUAUAUCUCUAAGCCUUUGCAUCACCAUGGACAAGAGUGCCUCAGACUCAGGGUGGAUGUUGUAGCUGCUGAUGGCUCUCAGGAGGCCAGAGUGGCUAAGGGAGGCACAGUCGGGGCUGGAGCUGGAGCUGGGGGUGGGGUUCACAACCCGUCCAACAGACUACCUGCGGCAGAUGACCCAGUGGUAAUCCUGCCAGACGUCCAGAAGAGUGUACGGACAAACUCUGCAGCGGCAGCGACAUCCCUCUCAAUCCUCUCAUUGCUAGUCCCAUUUUCAUUACUGCUGUUAUUGCACUGAGAGAACAUGAAAGGACUGCUGUUGGCAGACAUGUUUUUUUCAGGGACUACAAUGAAGACAGUCUGUGGGGAUGAAACCACUGACUCUAAAAGACAGUUUUCAGUGCCCAGUGCUGGCCACUGGGAGGGACUUUUGAAGCUUGUAAAGUACAGAUGGACUUGCUUGUACAACAUGUACUGAGUCUCCAGAUAUUUAAGAUAAAGUAUGUGUGCUUUGCCUUAUUUUUCAACAGGUGACAGUGUUGUUGUUUUUUUAUACAUUUCUUUUUUUUCUAGGAAAGACUAACCUCACCUUGAUUUGUAUUGUCUGGGGGCUCUCUCCAAAAACUUCUUUGGAUGGUAACCCCAAAACAAAGUAUGAAGAUGUUGAAGGGGAAACUAAAGUGGCCAAAAUAAAAUCAAGAGCAAAUACACCAACUCAGUUUGAAUUAUAUAAAUAUAAGUUUAGAUGGAAUACAUCCACAUUUAAUAAAAAGUAAUCAUAACCUUUUGAGCCAAAGAGGAGUCAUCUCACCAACUUGUACACUAUUCCACCCUUGAGUAUUGUAUACUAUUUGUUGUAUUGCUAGCGUAAUGGUAUUGAGUGGCAUUGAUGUCCCAAGUGGUUACGUUCUUUAUGUAGCAUUAACGGGGGGCUGUUCUCAUGACUACCACUCCCAACUCGACCAUGUGCUUAUAUACUGUAGCACUAAUAUGGCACAGUACAAACACAGUAACAUACACUCAACAUCACUGUUACGCACACUGACAUCAGAUGUUCUCUAACACAUGAAAACACUACAUUGAAUGGUGUUACUUGUACAUUCUGUGAAGAUAAUUUAUAACAUUUGCAGCUGAGGUUUACUGUAUAUACCAUGUACUCAUGAAAGGAAAUGUUUACUCUUUGCGGUGAGGGGAGCUUUUUCUCUUUCUCUCUCCUGGUAGAGUUAGUUUGUGUGAAAGGAAAAAUGUGUGUGUUGAAGUGAGAGUAGGAGAAUGUGCACAAGCAAUUGAUUGAAAGAGUGAUGAUACAAAAUGUUUUUCUGCCAAAAGCAAACACUGAGAGGUUGUGUGCAUCGCAGGGAGGCUGGACUUCUCUGUUUGUUGGAUCUUGCCCCUGUAUUGGUUUAAACAGUCUGGCAUGAAGAGCUGGUAUUAAAUCUUAACUGCAGGACCUAGGCCUGUGUAUCAUGGUGCUUUCAUUUACAUCGCCAUCCCCGGUUAUUAAACAAGCAUAUUUUUCACACAGUAAAGUAAUCGGUUUUCAUACUUUUUGAAUAAUCAUCACAGUUUUGGAUCAUGUGAAAAUGAUGUGGUUGCCAGUUCACAACAGACAUGACACAGCAUCAAAUCAAGUUGCCAAGCACAUCCUCACCUGACAGACUAGCUUGAUAACAAAGCACAACAGUAUAUACCUACCACUGAAUUCAGUCCUUUUUAUCUGAAGUCUUACAAAUUUUGUACAUGUGUAAGUAAGAGAAGUGUAUAAUAUGUGUACAAAUAUAAAUAUGUAUAUA